CCAUCGGGGCGAGCCGGGAGGAACCAGGCAGCCUUGAAAAAAGAAAAGCUGGGGUCAACCAGCCUCCCGACCCCAAAGCGAGAUAAGAAAAGCCGCCAGCCGUGGAGCAGCCCCGUCCCCGGCAGCCGUCCCGCGGCACGCACGGGAGCUGCGGCGGAGAGCCAGGCAGCCGCGCGCUGAGACAGCCCCACCAAAUAAGGCGCUGGCGGCCGGUGAAGGGAGGUGGGAGACAAGUGGGAGACAAGCCGCGCUCCGAGCAGGGAGAACCCUUCCCUCCUUCCCCGCCGCGCCGAGAGCGCCUCCCCCGCCCGGGCUUGACGGCAGCGGGGAGGAAUGUGUUUCCGGGGCGGGGAAAAGCGGCCGGGCACGGACCUUCCCCUCCCCCGCGCGCCGGGCUCCCCUCAGCAGCUCUGAGGCGAGGCGGCGGCGGGCAGCCGGACGCGGAGCGAAGAUUGAGGCCGGGCGUCCCGCCGUGCCGCGCCGCGCCCAGUCCAGCCCGCUGCUGGAGCAGAGGGGCAGCCUCAAGCGGGCCGGAGCGUGCCCCGCCGGGAGCCAGCCGCGCCGCGGCCAUGGCCGAGAUUAAUGUAAAAUUGUUCACAUGGGCUGGCAUCCUCUGUUGCUUGAUGUGGAAUGGUUUCGCUCAGCAAGGUGGAAGUGACUGUAUAAAAGCUAAUGCAAAACACUGUGGUGAAUGUAUACAAGCAGGACCAAACUGCGGUUGGUGUAGAAAACCAGACUUUUUGCAAGAAGGAGAGCCAACGUCUGCCCGCUGCGAUGACUUGGCAGCGCUGAAGAGUAAAGGCUGCCCUGUGGAAGAUAUUGAGAACCCCAGGGGGAGCACACAGGUGCUUGAAGACAGAGAAGUAACAAAUCGUAAGAUAGGUGCAGCAGAGAAGCUGGAUCCACAGGACAUUACACAGAUCCAGCCACAAAAAUUAGUACUGAAACUAAGAGUCGGAGAACCUCAGACAUUUUCAUUAAAAUUUAAGAGAGCUGAAGACUAUCCCAUUGACCUUUAUUAUCUUAUGGACCUCUCCUAUUCUAUGAAAGAUGAUUUAGAGAAUGUGAAAAGUCUUGGAACAGCUCUGAUGUUAGAAAUGGAAAAGAUCACUUCAGACUUUCGAAUCGGCUUUGGCUCUUUUGUGGAGAAAACUGUGAUGCCAUAUAUAAGUACAACACCAGCCAAACUCAGGAAUCCUUGUACAGGUGACCAGAACUGUACAAGUCCAUUUAGCUAUAAAAAUGUGCUCAGCCUUACUAGUGAAGGAAAUAAAUUCAAUGAGCUUGUAGGUAAACAGCACAUUUCUGGGAAUUUAGAUUCUCCUGAAGGUGGAUUUGAUGCAAUAAUGCAAGUUGCAGUUUGUGGGGAACAAAUUGGCUGGAGAAAUGUUACAAGACUGUUGGUGUUCUCCACGGAUGCUGGAUUUCACUUUGCAGGGGAUGGGAAACUUGGUGGAAUUGUCCUACCAAAUGAUGGAAAAUGCCAUCUAGAAAAUAAUAUGUACACAAUGAGCCACUAUUACGAUUAUCCCUCUAUUGCUCAUCUGGUACAGAAGCUUAGUGAGAACAACAUUCAGACAAUCUUUGCUGUCACUGAAGAGUUUCAAGCAGUUUAUAAGGAAUUGAAAAAUCUGAUACCAAAAUCAGCAGUGGGAACGUUGUCUUCAAACUCCAGCAAUGUGAUUCAGCUGAUCAUUGAUGCAUACAAUUCCCUUUCUUCAGAGGUUAUCCUGGAAAACACUAAGCUCCCAAAAGGAGUCACAAUCAGUUACAAGUCCUUCUGCAAGAAUGGAGUGAAUGACACACAAGAAGAUGGAAGGAAAUGUUCUAAUAUUUCAAUUGGAGAUGAGGUUAAAUUUGAGAUCAAUGUAACAGCUAAUGAAUGCCCACAGAAAGGACAAAAUGAAACAACGACAACAAUUAGAAUUAAACCACUGGGAUUCACUGAAGAAGUGGAAAUUAAUCUCCAGUUCGUCUGUGAAUGUCAGUGCCAAGGUGAAGGAGAACCUAACAGUCCUAUCUGCCACGAAGGAAAUGGAACAUUUGAAUGUGGUGCAUGCAGGUGUAAUGAAGGUCGAAUUGGAAGACUAUGUGAAUGUAGUACAGAUGAAGUAAAUAGUGAGGAUAUGGAUGCUUACUGCAGGAGAGAGAACAGCACAGAAAUAUGCAGUAACAAUGGAGAGUGCAUUUGUGGACAAUGUGUAUGCAAGAAGAGAGAAAACACCAAUGAAGUCUAUUCUGGAAAAUACUGUGAAUGUGAUAACUUCAACUGUGAUCGAUCAAAUGGUUUGAUCUGUGGAGGAAAUGGUAUCUGCAAGUGCAGAGUGUGUGAGUGUUUCCCCAACUUCACUGGCAGCGCCUGCGAUUGCUCUUUGGAUACCGCUCCGUGCAUGGCAUCCAAUGGGCAGAUUUGCAACGGGAGAGGAACCUGUGAAUGUGGCACCUGCAAUUGUACAGAUCCCAAAUUCCAAGGCCCCACAUGUGAAAUGUGUCAGACUUGCCUUGGUGUCUGUGCAGAGCAUAAGGACUGUGUACAGUGCAGAGCUUUUGACAAGGGAGAAAAGAAGGAAAGCUGUUCUCAGGAAUGUAUGUACUUCAACAUGACACGGGUGGAGAACCGCGACAAGCUGCCGCAGCCUGGGCAGCCCGACCCACUCUCUCAUUGCAAAGAGAAGGAUGUGGAUGACUGCUGGUUCUACUUCACCUACUCUGUCAACUCAAAUGGUGAAGCCAAUGUCCAUGUGGUAGAGACCCCAGAGUGCCCCAGCGGCCCUGACAUCAUUCCCAUUGUAGCUGGUGUGGUUGCCGGAAUUGUUCUUAUUGGACUUGCAUUAUUAUUGAUUUGGAAACUGCUAAUGAUCAUCCAUGACAGAAGAGAAUUUGCUAAAUUUGAAAAGGAGAAGAUGAAUGCCAAGUGGGAUACGGGUGAAAAUCCUAUUUACAAGAGUGCAGUGACAACCGUGGUCAAUCCUAAAUAUGAGGGAAAAUGAACACUCCUUGUAUAACUUCACAACACUGUAUGCAGCAUAGCAAUUUUUGUAGUCACAGUAAGAUAGAUUUUAGGGGCAAACUGCAGUGAUUUUACUAAUUUCAUUACAUAUAGGUUUGUUUUCCUGUGCAGGUUUUGAAAAUGUACCAUAUGUAAUUUGUUUUGGGGGUUUAUUUUAUUUUUUAUUGCAAAUAAAAGUAAUCAGUGCCAGGGGUCUGACAGAAAAAAAAAAAACAAACAAACAAACUUGAGACUGUGUAGCCUUGUCAGCAAAGGGACACAUGGUGCCUUUUUGACCUUUUCCCCUCCCGUGCUGUGAAUCCAGGCCUUCUGCAGGGUGUGAUACUGCUGUGGCACAACUGGGAGGGAAAGGGUUAAAGCAAUCAGCAUGAGGGCUCUGCCUAGCCAUUUAGUAUUAAACUUUUUUUAGCUUUACAGGGAAAUCAGGGCUUGAGUUUGCAGAUACCAUUCAAGUCAUGUAGCAUGGAGCUGGGUGGUUAAUUGGUCUUCUGCUUGCUAAGUGUGUGGUAAGUUGGGUAAGUUGGAAGGGAGCAGUGGAAGGGACUGGAAGUGUGUGCACAUUUAUUCCUCAUUAUGAAGUUGCUCGUUGGCAGGAUCUGGUUAAAAUGCAGAGGGUUUGGGAAGAAUGUUGAAGAGGAAAAACAAAACAAAUAGCUUUAAACCACGUGCCAUUACUGAAAAAAGUUGCUGACUGGUGACUUGCUUACUUUGCCUUUGUAAAAUGCAAGCCCUGGGUGGCAGUAUCCUGAAGUACCUUAACCAAGACAUCCUCAGAACACAUAAGGGCCUUAUGUCAUAGGGUGUUUUAGUCUGUAACGUUUCUUUGGUUGAAAGCCUGGUGCUUUGUCACCCUUCUAAUCCUCCUCACACCUUUUGGUUGCGACUCUUUGUGUAAUAUUUUUGUACCAACACAAGCGUUUGGUUUUUUUCCUUUUUUGUUUUGUUUUGGGCAGUCUUAGCUGUACAUUUGCCUUUCCCCCGUAGCUAAGAUUGCAUAGUUUGUCAUGUGCCAUCAUUCUUAACAUGUGCCAUGUAUAUUUGCCUUUGACCAUCCAAACUGCAUCAUAGUCAUCUUCUUGUUUUAAGUGCCUUUUUAUUUUAACAGAUGUUCACUUUUUACAGUGCUAUUACUGAAGUUAUUUAUUAAAUAAAAGUACCUUAAAAUACUGAA